AUGAAUUGGACAGGCGGCCAGCUGCAGCGUCAUCAUACUCGCUCAGGCCUGCUGACCAAAGCCCAGAAGCAGAAUUUCGCCAAAUCCAGACUCAAGGGCACGGCCAGUCUCCCGUCUUCCCCGUUUCGCAACUUUCCUGAGGGUUUGGGCACAAGGAAGGAUGACGCAGCAAACAGAACAGCAAUUAACAAUCAAGCUGGAGAGCCGGUUUCACAUCUGCCUGCGCAUCGGCCUGCACAUCUGACUGGCCACGCAUCCAAUGCCAGCGAACUGAGCCACAUCAAACGGCAACUCCUCGAAGAACCCGAUUGGGCGGCGGUGGCAGUGACACGUCCCCUCGAACUUUCGUUUACUUCAAGUGAGGAAGUAGAACGCUUCGGCAAACGACGCAGGCUGAAUGACAAGGAUAGAAAGAGGGUUUCGGAUAAUGUGUCACCAUUUCUUGAGCUGCCCAGUCACAGAAUGAGGAAUCCGCGGUCUGUUAUCGACAGCAUCGAGGGUAUUCAGAUUGAGAUCAAUGGUCAGCUGGUGGUGCAGUCUCAUGACAGCUCGGUUGCAAUCAACAGUUUGUCGUCACAGUCUAUGUUGCUGGACCGCGAAGGGUCUCUGACUUCCGGCCAAAAUGUGGAGAAAGACCAUAUGACUGCGACCUGGGUUAGUAAUUUGUUUGCCCGGCCACCAUGA